AUGGCCAGGCUGUGGCUCCAUCUCUGCGUCUGCCUCCAGAUCUCAGGUUUCUGUACAAAUCUACUUUUAUCUCAGAGUCCAGAGCAUAUUUUAGCCCAAACUAAUAAUAAAACAGAAAUCCUCUGUGACCUGAAGAAGGAGCAUGCUGGGGUGUACUGGUAUCGCUGGAGCCAGGAGAGGCAAAUGUUUGAGUUCUUGCUAUUUUCUAACACACUGGGCAAAGCCACAUAUGGUGCAAAUGUCAGCCAGGACAAGUUUAGUGUCCACAGCUCCUACAGCCUGCACAUCAGCCACCUCCACGCCUCGGACAGUGGUACCUAUUACUGCUCUGCCUCCCAGUCCUCCCAGCUCCUCCUGGGCAGGGGGACACGGCUCAGUGUAGUUGAUGUUUUGCCUCUGCCUCUGCAGACCACGCAGGCACCAGUCUCCAAAAAGCCCAGGCGGUGUGUAACCAAAACCACAGCUGCCAGCAAGAAAGGUCCCUGCAGCCCCCUGAUCUGGAUCCCACUGGCCGCUGGUGUCCUGCUCCUCCUGCUGAGUCUGGUCCCCAUUGCCUACCGCCUCCACCGUCUGCGGCGGAGGCUGUGGCUUCGUAUCCACAGGCAGUAA